ACAACACAUAAACGGUCGUCGGCGGACGCUUGGUGCCGCGACAAUACAGCAUAACGCCGCCGUCGUUCCCGGCAAUAGCCGCCGCCGCUACAGAGAUAAAAACGCGCGGCGUCUUACCUCCCCCUAACCGGGCCCGGUACAUACCUCGUUACCAGUAACCCAUGGAUAAUAGUAAUUAAACAAUUUUCAACAUCUCCAAAACAGUUAAAUAUAGUUCAACUUAUCUGUUUUGUUUUACGAACAAUACUUACAUACAAUUUUUUUUUGUUUUUGUAAUCGGUUGUUAAAUUUUUUUCGAUCCAGCAACAAAUCCAAAAUCAAAACUCGGAAACGCAAUCGCCGUCGCAGGAGGUCUAAGAAUUAUUCGGUGGGCUAUGCCCCAAAUAGGACCAAUCGAAAACAAACAAUAUGGCUGAGGACUCGGAUUCGGACUGCGGGAGUGACAACGAAGAAGACGAAGAACUACAAUUUGGAUUAGCCAAAUCAUAUUAUAUAUACUACUAUCAGGGUUGUGGUCGUUAACAUGCCUUGAACUGUUAUCGAUUUAAUACUCACUAUGGAUCUCAGCGGAUACGUACUUAUACUAAAAGAAACUGAAGAUAACAAAGCCAAACUUUUUGGCUCAAAAGUGGACCGUGCAGACUUCGAAACAGGCGAUGAAAUUUUUGCUAUCAAUGGCCAACAGAUAGCAGAAAUGACUCGAGAAGAUUUGCUGGCAUAUCUCUACCAGUGUAUAGUCACCCGAACCAUAUGCUUGAAUUUAAAACCUCGAUUAAAAAAAGUUGUAAACACUAGUAUCGAUUCGGCAGGAUCGGAUCUAGGUCAAGUUCACGAUGCGUUUUUCAUCGGCAUCGAGGACGAAGCCAAAGAACGAUUGGAACGGCUGGCUGCCAGCAAACACAUCACGCCGGUCGAUAUCACCAAAUUGGCUCAUCAGUUAAUGCGUCAAUUACACCCGACCACCGAUCUCAACGGGUUUUUCGACAAUAACACAAGCGGUAUUUGUGAGGGUGACGAUAACGACAAACCUGAAGACCAUCCGGAUUCCAGACAGUCUUCCAGGAGACCCAGCUCGCCGUUCAACAACGGUUUGACGGAGGUCCUAAUCGGCAAAGAUGAAGGCAACAAUAGACUGAAAUCGUUCGACGAGACCAGCGAGGCCACAAACAGGUCUCGUCGCAGAAGUGGCGGCAUUGUCCGCGUGGGCAGUGAAGUCGGUACGCUGGAAAAAAAGAGAGCGGUCGACGACAACGAUAGCGAAACGCUGGACAUGAUGGUCAUGAUGAGCACCCUCGACAAUGGGCCUCACCGCGAGAUGGCCGUCGACGUACCAGAGUCGUUCAUUGCGCGCAACAAGACUCCGCCGCGGUACCCACCGCCCUCCAGGACCGCCAACCGCAUUGCCAACGGCACACAGAACGGCUCCGCAGUGCUGGACAAACAACACUCCUCGGAACCGCCGCCUCCGCCGCCCCGGUCGGAUGUCAUCAAACAGCAGCUCCUUCACCAGGCCGCCAGCAUCAACAACAACACGAUUGUUACCGUAUCGUCGACGGAACCCACCAAGGAGCAGUUGGAGAGCAUCAAGAAGUACCAGGACGCUUUGCGGAAACGGAAAGAAGAAGAGGACAGGGUCGCCCAACAAAACGAAUUUCUCAACCGGUCGCUGAGGGGAUCGAAAAAGCUUCGGGAACUCGAACACGAGCCACCGGAAACGGGUAUCGUCAACGACGGGUUUUCGUCGGAACACGAUGACGCCAGCACCGCGGCCACGCCCACCGUCACCGCGGCCACCACUACCACGGUGGUCACCACGGAAGAAUACCAAGAACCGUACGAACCGAUCUACAGGGUUGUCGGGUACGGCGAACUGAUAGCCGCGCUGCAGAGGGUACACUUGCAGUUGAAAAAGAACGGCAUUUACAUCGGCAACAAGUCCGACCCGGACGUGGCCGUCAUCCAAUGCUUGUUGCUGAAUCCGGAAUUCGUCCGCGUGCUGUCCGUGCACAACAAGGUGCAACAGUUGUGGCCGCCCAACACCGCGAAGCGGCCGGCGACGGCGGAAGCGCAAAACCUGGUCCGAGACUGUCUGGAGGACAUCCAGAACUGCACGUUGUCCGAAGCUUCGGAGCUCGCCAAGCUGCUGUCUCAGUACGAGAUCGAAGGAGUUCUCUGGGCACACGACACCGUCGCGCAGGACGUGCUGCCGCAGGCCGAGGCGACUACCGAGAUGACGGUCACGUUGCCGAUCGGCGACCUCUCGACGUACGCCUCGUCGGAUCAACACCCUGCCAACAUCACCAUCAUCAACAUCGAGAAGACCAACGAGCCCCUGGGCGCGACCGUGCGAAACGACGGCGACGCGGUGAUCAUUGGCCGAAUAGUCAGGGGCGGCGCGGCCGAAAAGAGCGGACUGCUUCACGAGGGCGACGAAGUGCUGGAAGUAAACGGCGUGGAAAUGCGCGGCAAGUCCAUCAACGAUGUCUGUGAUAUCCUGUCGGUGAUGACCGGACCUUUGACGUUCAUGAUCGUGCCGAGCGCAAAUCGAAUUUCGUACCAGAACUCCAACGGAAACAGGGAAAACUUCAUUAUGCACAUGAAAGCGCAUUUCGAUUACGACCCCGAGGACGACGGGUACAUUCCGUGCAGGGAAUUGGGUAUCAGUUUUCAAAAGGGGGACAUCUUGCACGUGAUAUCGCAAGAAGACGCCAACUGGUGGCAAGCGUUCAGAGAAGGCGAAGAAGACCAAAGUUUGGCCGGUCUCGUACCCAGCAAAUCGUUCCAACACCAGCGCGAGGCGCUCAAGCAGACCAUCACCGGCGACAAGCCCAGCAAGGACAGGCCGAAAAAACAGAGCACGUUCCUCUGUGGCAAAAAGAACUUGAAGAAGAGAAAGAAGAAGUCUCUGUACCAAGACGGCGGUUACCCAAUAUAUUCGUCCAACUCUGACGAAUACGAAGCCGAGGAAAUCUUAACGUACGAAGAAGUGGCUCUGUAUUACCCCCGGGCGAACCACAAGAGGCCUAUAGUACUGAUCGGUCCGCCGAACAUCGGUAGACACGAGCUCCGGCAAAGGCUGAUGGAAGACCGGGAGAGGUUUGCCGCCGCCAUUCCUCACACCAGUCGAGCCAAGAAAGACGGCGAAAUCGACGGUCAAGACUAUCAUUUCAUCACCAGAGCCCAGUUCGAAUCGGAUAUCCUGUCCAGGAAAUUCGUCGAACACGGCGAGUACGAGAAAGCGUAUUACGGUACCUCGUUGGACGCCAUUCGGUCCGUGGUCAACUACAGCAAGAUAUGCGUGUUGAAUCUUCACCCUCAGUCUCUGAAAAUCCUCCGGAGUUCGGACCUGAAACCGUACGUCGUGUUCGUGGCACCUCCGUCGUUGGAAAAACUGCGACAGAAGAAAUUAAAAAACGGCGAACCCUACAAAGAAGAAGAGCUGAAAGAAAUCAUCGAAAAGGCUAGGGAAAUGGAAGACAAGUUCGGCCAUUAUUUCGACAUGAUCAUCAUCAACAACGACACCGAAAGAGCGUACCAUCAACUGGUGAACGAGAUCAACAGUCUGGAACGGGAACCGCAAUGGGUGCCGGCCACUUGGGUGAAAACCGCAUCAUAGCGCUGUUAAAGUCUCUCUUUUCACAAUAUUUAAUUGUUAUCAUUAUGUGUCGGUAUCGAUUUGCGAUUGCCGCAACAAAUUUACAACCUUUUUUUUUUUUGUAUGAUAAUUUUUAAAUUAUAAAAUAUUAUUGCAACGCACUUUGUGUGCGUUGACCACCUAGUUGACUGAUUUGAAAUGAUAAUAAUUUUGAAAAAAAAUUUACCUUCAAACAAACCACUCUAAAAGUUAAUAAAAAUUGUAUAGGAAUCGGAAAACCAGAGCUUCCCGCUUAUCGUUCCGACAUAUCGAUAAUAACGAUGAUAUUAAUUACAUAAUAUUGUUUUGUUGUAAGUACCUUAAAAAAAAAAAAAUUUAAACCCUUGCACGGGCGAUAGAAUUUUGUUUUGUAUAGAUUACAAUUAGGUUAAAAAUGUAUGGAAAAAAAAAACAAGUAAUGUGAUAUAAUAUAUUAUUACGCGUAAUAAUAUAUACUUUGUGUAUAAUAUUUUUAAUAAUAAUAAUAUAAUAAUAUGUAAAACCGUAAUUUUAAUAUAAGAAUAGGUACGAUGAUGAUUAAGAUGACUAGUGAAGAAAAAGCCAUCGACUUUGCCAUUUUUAGUUUUAUAAUUUAUUAUUGUAUUCAAAAAGUUGAAAAAAUUUGUAUUAUUCCCUUCGCGGUGUGCGCGUAGCGCUUAUCGUAUGAGACCGUUGUUUUUUUUUUAAUGUACUUUUACAUUGUGUUUUAUUAAUCUUUUGUUUAUUUUUAUUUUGUGUUUGUUUGGUCUUGUUGUACAACGUUUUUUUAAAAAAAAAAAAAACCCCUUCAUGGUAUAUAUUAAAAAAAAAGCAAAACUCAUACAUUUUUUAGAGUAGUCCCCCUUGUACCGACAAUUUAGACACCGUAAACUAUACAUAACAUGAUGAUACGGGUAUCGUUUAAGGGUUAAGGGUUUUUACACGUUUUCCGGGUCUUUUUAUAAAAUAAUAAUAUAUAAUAUUAUUACUCGACACGUUAUACACAGACGGUUUUCUUAGGGGACCGAUGUGGCGUUUCACGUUUUCCGUAGAUACGUUACGAUGGUAACAUUUGAGUUUUUUAAUAGUUUUCUUAUUAAUUUUUUGUUGUCUAAAGUAUUUUUACCUUAUCGUCGAUACAAUACAAUAUCAUCGAAUACAUCUAGAUAAAACAAUUUCUGUAAUUUUCCGUUUAUAUAUUUGUCGUAACUAAUUUUUCGGCGUUUUUCACGGGCCCGUUCGUUCUACGUAAUAAUAAAAUAUAUUCAUUAUUAAUAUUAUGAUAUUUUUCUUUGUAUCAACUCCUCCGACUCUCGACUUUCAUUAGUAUUAUUAUUA